AUGCAAAACUAUGGACAACAACGAGGUAAUCAAUCACAAAAGCCUAGUGUAGAUAUAUACUCAACACCUACACGUGGUGGUAAUCAAAAUUUCAUGCAAUCACCAAUCCGAAAUCAGGAUCCACAAAUUCCACCAGGCUAUGGCUCUCAAAAUCAAUAUCCGCAAGGAUUCACACCUGGCUAUCCACAUCCUAUGGCUUUUAUGCCUCCGCCGCCUGGUUUUUACCCACCUCCUCCAUAUAUGGGACAAAGGCCUGGAAUGCCACCUCCAAAUAUGAUGCUUCCAGGAAUGCCAUAUCCACCAAUGCCACCACCAGGAUAUCCAAUACCUCCUCCUGGUUAUAAUCCAAUUGUUCCUCCUCCAGGCUAUCCACCAAUGGGAUAUCUUCCAGGAGGAAUGCCUCCACCUGGAAUGAUGCCCGGAAUGUAUCCUCCUCCAGGAAAAUCUCCAACUCAUCAAUUUUCUACGAAUUCUCCUGGACAAAAUUAUCCAGAUAUGCAGCAAAAUCAAUAUCAGCAAAGCGCUUACCAAAUGCCUCCUAAUCCAAAUAGAUAUUCUCAAAGAAAUUAUCAAUAUAACCAACAGAUGCAAUACGGUAACAAUGGACGUGAUAUUAACAUUCAACAGCAAUAUCCAAACAAUCCUCAGCAACAACAACAAGGAAAUUUCCAACAAAAUACGAAAUUAUCUUCUGGUCUUUCAGCAGCAGCCAAAUUUGUUAUACAAGCGGAAGCUCCAUCACAAAAAUUUGCUCCUAAUCCUCAGAAAACUCAGCAACAGCCAAUUCAACAAAAUCCAACACCUCAAUACGGCCAAGCUGGAAUUUCUGCAGCUGCAAAGCUCGGAAUAUCAAUGCAACUACCAAAUGAUCCGAAAUACCAGUCACAACCGCAGAAUGUUAAUGUUGACAGAGAAAAUGCGAUUCGAAAUGCCUCAAAAUUCGGAAUUACAGCUGAACUACCAGGCGACAAGAAACAAGAUAAUCAACAGUUCAGACAAACAGCACUUGCGGCCCAUUACGGAAUCAAUGCUCAGCCUCCAGGUUCAUCAUCACGAAUUCCGAACAAAGAAGCGAACGUAAUCAUUGCAAGUGAGUUUGGAAUCAAGGCAGAAAUACCAGGAAUGAACAAACCAAAGCAACAACAGUAUUCCCAAGUAUCUCAAAUUUAUCCACAGCAACAACCAAUACAAGUACAGCAGAACACACAUAAACUGUCAUUCGGAAGGGUUGGAAACAUGGAUAAACCAUCAAAAGCUUUGAAUAGUUUUGGAAUUUCGAUACAAAGGCCAAAUCAGGAUCCAAACGAAGACCAAUACCAAAUGCAGCAACAACAAGAAUACCAGUAUCAGAUGCAACAGCAGAAUCAGUAUCAAAUGCCUGAGAAAUCGUCACAUAGAAAGAAAAAGAGGAAAUCUCCUUUACAAAACCCAAUUCCUUUACCUCCUGAAGAUGAAAUUGUUGAAGAACUGUUAUAUGACUAUGGCGAAGUUUUCCCUGAAGAUUUCGAAAGAUUUUUGCCAGAUUUUAUUUAUGAAUAUAUUUAUCAGAUAUUAGAUACAGUUCCAGACGAUUGCUUGAGACUAUUGACUGAUAUUAACCUCGAUGAGAAGAUGACACAGCUUUCUCCUGAGUUCGUCAACGCUGUAAAACUUCAUAAGAUUAAUCCAUCAAAAUAUCCGAUGCCAGAAGAUCCAGAGCCACCAGAACUACUUCAAAGACGUCAUAGACAUGAUCGCAAACACAAGCAAACAUUGGUUGUUCAGAAGAAAGCACAAAUUUCUGAAUCUUACUCUGAUUUAGACCAAGAAUACGAAGAAGAAGAACCUAAAUCAAAGAAUGGAUUAGUUAUAUCUAAAGGAUUCAUUGGAAAGUCACAAACAAAGGAAGAACCAAAGAAAGUCACAAAAGAAGAAAACAAAAAACCAAAAGAAACAAAAAUUGAACAAAAGAAAGUUGAUGAACUUGGUCCUCAAUUUGUUAUUAAGAAAGACACUCAGAAACAGAGACAAGAAUCAUUUGAAGAAGAGGAAUUCAAUGAAGAAAACAAUGAUUUCGGUGGAAAUGUUGUUUUGAUGAAGAAACAACAGAAAUUUGAAGAGGAAGAAGAGUUUGAUAACAUGGCUGAUGACGAAGACUUAGGUCCAUCAUUUGUAAUGGAAACAAACUCAGCUCAACAACAGGACAAAGACAUUUCAACUGCAUUCGAACAGAUCUCUCAACAAGAACCAGUUGAAUUCAUUCAAAAAGAAGAAGAAAUCAAACAAAAUAAUGAAGAAGAAAAGAAAGUAAUUCCAACUGAAAAAGAAGAAAUUAAACCGAAGCAAGAAAUAAAGAAAGAAGAAGCCAAACCAAAAGAAGAAAAGAAAGUUGAAGAAACUGAAAUCAAAGAAAAUACUUCAACUAAACCAAAUGAAAUCAAAGAAGAAAUUAAACCAACAAUUGAAGAAAAGAAAGAAGAAACAAAAGAAAUCGAACAAACAAAGAAAGAUGAAAUUAAAGAAGAGCCAAAGAAACAAGAAGAAAUCAAACAAAAAGAAGCCGAACAACCAGUACAGAAACAAGAAGAACCAAUUGAACAAAAGAAAGAAACAGAACAACCAAAACAAGAAGAAAUCAAAGAAAUCAAUCCACCAGAACAAAAAGUUCAAGAACAAAUUGAACAAGAGAAGAAAGAAAUUAUUCCAGAAAAUAAAGAAAAGAAAGAAGAAAAUAAGAUGGAAGAAGAGGAAGAACAGAAUCCAAAUGAUGAAGACAUUCAAGCAGAGGAAGAAAAGCCAGAAGACAUGGCAAAACCAGGAGAAGAAGAGGAGGAACAGAAAGAUGAGGAAGAAGAAGACAUCGAUGAAAUGCUUGGAGAUAUUGAGUAUUUCCAGGGAUCUGAUGGAGUUAUCUAUGACAGAUUUUGGCCAGAAAACGAAAUGAUCUAUGAACAACUCCAUGAAGCAUUUCCACUUACAUUUGCAUCAUUUUAUCCUGAAGAAUACGCAGAUUACAUUAAUCAUUACAUUGCAAACGCAAGAGAUUUCAUUCAUUUCACAAUGGAUCCAAACUUUGACAAGCAAAUGACUCCUAUUUCUAAAGAAGACAUAGAGAAAGCACUUCAAAAGAGAAAACAAACAGAAGACAGCAAAUCAAUAACUAUCCAGAAAUCAUCAGAUAGCUCUAAACAAUUAAAAUUAGGUAAGUCUGAUACAGAACAAGAAAAUAAAAAUUCUCAAAAAAUUGACAAACAAGAAGAAGAUUUAUUCAAAGCAUUUGAAGAUGACAUUGAUGAUGAAUACGAUGAAUUCAAAGAUGUAUACGUCGAAGGCGAAGAAAUCGAGCCACCUGUCGUAGAAAAGCCAAACAAAGAAGUCAAAAAGAAAGUUGAAGUCAGAAAGAUGACAGAAGAAGAAAAGAAAUCUGCCAAAGAAAAAACUGACUUGGCAGAAAUAGCUCAACCAAUUUUGACAGAAGAAGAUGAACCAGUCAUCUUGUCUUUCCCUGAUAGUAACGAAAACUACAUUCGUUCUAAAGACGGAAAGUUCAUCUACAAGAUUCCACAAGGAUACGAGAAUUUACCUCCUGAUUCAUUGUUGGAAAUGUUGGAAGAUGAAAAUUGUGGAAAAUUCACACCUGUAACGGUUCCACAACAACAUGAUGAAGAAGAGGAGUUUGCUGCUAAUGAACAUGAUGAUUUACCUGAUUCUUUGUUUGCUGCGAAUGAUUCUAAACCAAAACAAAUUGUUUUAGGAAGUAACAACAUUGUUGUUGAGAGAAGAAAACCAGGAGAUCCAAUUCCUGAAAAUGUUCCUGUUAGAUUUGAAGAUUUCGAAGAUGAUUUCGACUUCGAAGAAGAUGAUUUCCAAGUUUAUCAUAAUCCACAGUUUAAUAUUCCAACAAAUAACAACAACGGUGCCGGAGAUAUUCCUCCAGACAUGUUGGAAGCAAUGUUAGGAAUUCCUGAUGAUACAAAUAUGUAUAACGAAGACGAAUUAUACAUGAGAAGACAAGUUAAACCAGGUCCAAUAGUAGUAGAAAGACCUAAGAAAACUCAGAAAUAA